AUGCUAUUAAGGGUUGUUGACGAGUCGAGCUUUGAGAAGAUUGCAAGGGCAACUACUUCAAAAGAAGCGUCGGACACUCUAGAAAAGGUGUUCAAAGGAACUGACCGAGUCAAAAAGGGACACGUUGCAAAAGCUUGUCGAGCCGGAAAAAGGGUGGAAGGAACAACCAACCUAGCCGUGGAACACAUAACAGAUGAAGGUCUUCUCUUGAUGGCUCAAGAUGAAGAGAACAUCAAUAACGACAUUCUGUGGUACCUCGACUUAGGGGCAAGCAACCAUAUGUGCGAUCACGAGCACCUAUUCAAAGAAAUGCAAAAGAUUGAAGAUGGUCAUGUGUCAUUCGGAGAUGCGUCGAAGGUGGAGGUCAAAGGUCGAGGUACGAUACACUUCCUGCAAAAGGAUGGUGUGAUGGGGUCAAUCAAAGAUGUCUAUUACGUACCAGAUCUUAAGACCAACAUAUUGAGUAUGGGGUAA